AUGGAGCUUGGAAUUUCAGAAAAAGUUCUGCACUAUGAGAGUUUUGUGAAUGAUGUACUGAAGGAGGAUCUGAAGAAGGUACACACACGAUAUGAAGAACUGAAUAGUGAAAUUGCUGAAUAUAUACAGCUAAAAAAUUUUAUCCAAAGCAUUUCAGAUGUUGGUGUAUCAGGUGGAGUUAAAACAAAGAUGGAUCUAGGUUGCAGCUUUUAUGUGCAGGCAAAUAUUUCCGACACUUCAACCAUUUUAGUUGCUGUUGGUUUAGGUCACUAUAUUGAAUUCACCAUGGAAGAAGCACUUACGUUUGUUGAAAAGAGGGUGAAUUUGUUAACUCUACAAACUGAAAAACUUAAAAAGGACAGUGCUAAAACCAAAGCAAUGAUAAAACUUGUACUUGGUGGGCUGCAGCAACUACAGUCUACAAAAUCAAACAAAUCAAGAUAG